GGGGAUUACACACUUCUGUUCAGAGCGUUAUACGACUUACAAGCAACGUGCCGCAUAAGGACAUCGUUUAUAUUUGCAAAAUUUAUUAAUUAUUUAUUUCGUGUUUUAAGUUUUUUUUGUGAAAUUUGUGAUUUAUUUGUGAUAAAAAGUAGGUCAUUUAUCAUGAGUUCCUUCGCAAACUUAGUUAAAGGCUACAAAAGCUUCAUGGAAACAAAAUCACAUCCGGCAACCAAAGACUGGUUUCUUAUGGGCGAUCCUGUGCCUCUUUUAAUAAUGAUAGUUUCAUACAUAUAUUUCUGUAAAGUGGCAGGACCAAAAUAUAUGAAGGACAAAAAACCGUACGAUCUUAAAGUUGCUAUGUUUGUCUACAAUGUGGGCCAAGUAUUAUGCAGCGUAUACAUAGUUUGGGUGGGUUUUCCUUAUUGGAUCUUCGGAAAAUAUAGUUAUAGUUGUGAGCCUGUAGGAGAUAAUCCAACGGUUCAAUCUACAGUAUGGUUGUACUUUAUGUGCAAAAUCGUGGAAUGGUUGGAUACGAUAUUUUUCGUUCUAAGGAAAAAAGACAAACAGAUAACCUACUUGCACAUGUACCAUCAUGCUCUUAUGCCCGUUUGUGGAUGGAUUGGUGCUAACUUUUUGCCAGGUGGACAUGGUACUCUUUUAGGUUUCAUUAACUCUUUCAUUCACAUUAUUAUGUAUGUUUAUUACCUAAUUUCAUCUAUGGGACCUCAGUAUCAAAAAUAUCUUUGGUGGAAAAAGUAUUUAACCCGCAUGCAACUUAUUCAAUUCUCCAUUAUCUUCGUACACAACUUCCAAGUGAUGUUCCGUACCUGCGACUACCCGAAAGGAAUAAACUUCUUACUAACAACUCAAGCUGCCUAUUUUCUCUAUCUCUUCGGAAAAUUCUACCACAAAAGCUACGUCCGGCAAAGAAGCAAAGUGCAGUCCAAACAAAACGGAGUGAAAAGUGAAAAUAUAAGUGGGUGCAUGCUAAACGGGCUUAACGGACACACCAACGGUGUUUUGAACAAUGUUCAGAAAAACAAAGUGAUAUAAGUAUAAGUACUGUUUGUUAGGUUAGAUGUAAUAAAUUUAAAUUAUAAUUAUGAAUGUGUUAAGAAACAUUUUUAAUAAUAAUUGUAAUUACAAUAUCAUGUACAAUUUCAAUUUUUUGUUUAAAGGUGUUUAUAUUGUAAAAGAAUAGAUAAUACUGUGAUUGUAAAUUCUAGUAAAUUUGGUUUA